CAACGCCCUCCAGACUCAGCACACGGUCCAGCUCAUCGCUCAGCAGCAGCAGGCGCACUUACAGCCCCAGCCCUCUUCGAACCCGGGGCCCAGCACCAGCUCCAACGGGCCCCUGCCCCUGGGCCUGCUGCAGCCCCAGUUCAUCCCCGCCCCGGCCUCUCUGGCCCCGCCCUGUGGCGGGAAGCCCAUCACGCAGGUGCAGUACAUCCUGCCCACACUCCCGGCGAGCUCCGCCCCCUCCACCAAGAGCCCCUCCCCCCAGCAGCAGCAGCACCAGCCCCCCGGCAUCCAGUUCACUCUGCCCGCGGCCCCGCCUUCUCACGCUCACUCAUCACCGGCCAAUGGGAAGACAGUGGGCGGGGCUGGAGCGGCCGGGUCGGGCCCAGGCCACACCUCCAGUCCUGCAGUGGGAGUGGUCUCUCCUGGACCCAGAGUCCAGGCCCAGUCUCCGGUGUUGCAAGGGAAGAUGCUGGUCCCCAUGGCAACGGUGAGGUCAGCAGGCUCCGCCCAGCCCCAGACACUCCCACUGGUGGCCCCGCCUCUUCCUGUGCAGAAUGGCGCGCAAACAGGAAGCAAGAUUAUCCAGAUCGCGCCCAUGCCCGUCGUUCAGCCCCAGCUCUCCUCCGGAGGAGCGGUGCAUCCUGGGAGCCCCUUCCCCGUCUCCAUGGGCACGGCAGCGGUGAUGGCGCCCGUCUCGGCCCCUUCCCAGACCGUGCUCCUGCCUCCCCCGGCAACCAGGAUCACCUAUGUUCAGUCGGCUCCCGGUGUCCCCACCCCUCUCCCAAUCGUCUCCACGACGACGGGCUCCUCCCCACAACAGGUCCCUCCUCCUCCUGGCUCCGCCUAUGUCCAGUCGCCCCUGGCAACACUGGGGUUCACCGCUAUCGCCCCCUCUGGGCAGACGCUGUUACAGCCACUAAUUACAGGUACGAAAGACGUGAUGACUGAGAUAGGAGUGACUUAA